UCGGGUAGUGUGCUUGCAUUUACUACAGUGUGCAAAUCUAUUUGUCUUUUGCAGAAUAAUAUUUUUUUUUUUCCCAACAAUAUAAUCUUGACAUUGCAUUUAGUGUGUUUUCAAUAUUUUUAUGGAACUUUUGUUUCUACUGUAGCAUUGAUUUGUUUUUAAUUGAUAUGUUUUUAUUUCUCUUUUUAUAAUUUAAAAAUUUCUUUUCAUUAAAAUUUUUUAACAUUUUACAUCUUUUUGUUAGUAUUGAGAUUGUUGAAAAUUUAAAAAUUUGUUUUCAUUUUUGCACAACUUAAUUUUUAUUCAUUUAUUUAUGUUUACUUGUCUAAUGCUGCAAGCAGACGUGCCACAGCCUCCGGCACAACCUCCACCCCCUUUUACAUUAAUGGGGAUGGCACGUUUGACAUCUCAUUCUGAAGAACUAAUUAUUAACGAUGUUCCUCGUGGUAAAAAUAGCAGAUUUAGUGAAUAUUUAUUUAAUAAUUCUUUUUUACUGACUGCUGCAGCUACUGAUUCUUCCACUAUUGUUAAUUCUCGUUCGGCUAUGGAAGAAUCAAUGAGCAGAUUAUUUAUCAACUCAUCAUCGAAUGAUGAAAGUGGUAACAACUCGGGUCAACCUACAGCAACUGAUCGUUUGCUAUAUAGACAUAGUAUGGCAAUGUCAGCUGUUUAUUGUGUAGCAUAUAUUAUUGUUUUUGUUGUUGGAUUAAUUGGAAAUAUUUUUGUGAUCGCUGUGGUGUUUCGAACACCCCGAAUGAGAACAGUUACAAACUAUUUUAUUGUAAAUCUUGCCUUUGCUGAUGUUUUGGUCAUCAUAUUUUGUCUACCAGCUACUUUAAUGAGCAACAUUUUUGUCCCUUGGGUUUUCGGAUGGUUUAUGUGCAAAACUGUUCCUUACAUUCAAGGAGUAUCUGUUGCUGCUUCUGUAUACAGUCUUGUUGCAGUUUCCUUAGACAGAUUUCUGGCUAUUUGGUGGCCGUUAAAAUGUCAGAUUACGAAGAGAAGAGCUCGACUCAUAAUUUUGUUCAUAUGGCUCAUUGCUGUAACAACAACAAUGCCCUGGCUGUUAUUUUUUGAUUUGGUGGCAAUAUAUGAAGAGGAUCAUCCAGAUUUAAGAUUAUGUAUUGAAAUGUGGCCCAGACCACAGUAUGGUUCUUUAUUUUUUCUUAUUGAUAAUUUGAUGCUCUGUUAUGUUUUACCAAUGUUGUUAAUUUCCCUUUGUUAUGUGUUAAUUUGGAUUCGAGUUUGGAAGAGGCAUAUUCCUACAGAUGCCAAGGAUGCACAAAUGGAAAGAUUACAGCAAAAGUCCAAGGUUAAAGUUGUUAAAAUGUUGGUUGUAGUAGUUAUUCUCUUCGUACUGUCUUGGUUACCACUAUAUGUUAUUUUUACCAGAAUUAAAUUGGGUGGGGACAUUGCUGAUUGGGAAGAUGAAAUUUUGCCCAUUGCAAUACCUAUUGCGCAAUGGUUGGGAUCAAGUAACUCUUGCAUUAAUCCAAUACUAUAUGCAUUUUUCAAUAAAAAGUAUAGGCGUGGUUUUAUGGCUAUUUUAAAAAGUGAUAGGUGUUGCGGUAAAUUACGCUACUACGAGACUGUAGCUAUUAUGUCAUCUUCUACAAGCAUGAGAAGAUCGUCAUAUUAUGUAAACAACAAUAAUAAUAAUAAUAACAAUAAUAAUAAUAAUUUUCACCAUCAUCAUUCGACAAGGAGAAAUUUUCAUGGCCCUCCUAUUCAUCAAGAUAGCAAUGUUUCAUACAUUUGUAACCACAAUGGUGUGUAAAGCAUUAAAUGGAUUGAUUUCUAAAUCGAAUACCGUGUUAAUUGAAAGUAGACGUCCUUUGACGCUGCUUAAAUCAGCCGUGGUAGGCUGAAUCAAGCCGGAUGAUGAGUUUAUCUGUAUGUCAGGUUGGAACUCGUUCCGGAAGCUGGGUACAGUAUGUACAGUGCACAUUAUUUGUGCACAUACCGACAACCACUACCAACUAUAUAGUACACAAUCGUGUUGAAUGCUUUCUGAAAGCAAUGAUUGCGCUUUUAAAAUCUCACACGCAAUAUUCAAAAAGAAAAUUGAAAAUGAUGUAUUUAUCAAACUACAGCGUAAUUCCUAAUACAUCACACAAAAUAUUAAUUAUUCAUCAAUUUAUUUUGCUCCUGUAUCAACUUAUGUAUUUCAUUUUAACUCAAGUGUAGCAUAUAUAUUUAUUUGCAUCAUUGUCAUCAGUUGAAAUUUUCUUAUCGCAAUUCUGUUAAAAGUUUAUUAUAGCAUCCUAUCUGGAAAUGAUAUUUCAAAAAUAUUUCAUCAAGAAAUACUACUUAAUAAGUAAAGGAAUAAAUUUCUUGUUUUUAUUUAUUUAUAUAUAUAUAUUUAUUUAUUAUGUUGAAAUAAUAUUUCUUUAUGCGUUUUAACAUAGAAAUCUAGAAACAAGAGUAUCUGCAAUUUUGAUAAAAAUUUCAAUCGGUGUUAUAUUUAUAUUCUAUAACUUUUUCUUUCAUUGUCGACAUAUAGAUAUGUACUGCUUAGAAAAAUUCAAGUUUGAUCUCAAAAAUGUAAUUACUUUCUAGGAAAUAAAAAAAAAUGAAACUUACUCGCUAGACAUACGCGAGUAUGGAUGUAUGCAAUAUUAUCUGAAAUAUUCGCAAAUAAUAUGAAAAAUAAUGUCUUGUGUUAAAUAAAUAAUCAAUUAAACUUCUU